AUGAAAUCCCAUCUCCCAUCUCCCCUCUUCCAUCAUUCCCCUCUUCCACCGUAUCCUUCUCCCAUUUCCCAUUCCCAUGCAAUACCCAUUCUCAUUUCCCAUUCCCAUUUCCCAUUUCCCAUUCCACCGUGCCCUCCUCCUAUUUCCCAUUCCCAUCUCCCCUCUUCCAUCGAUUCCCCUCUUCCACCGUUCUCUCCUCCCAUUUCCCAUUCCCAUGCAAUACCCAUUCCCAUUCCCAUUCCCAUUUCCCAUUCCCAUUCCAUUCCCAAUUCCCAUUUCCCAUUUCCCAUUCCCAUUCCCAUUAUCAACAAUACCAACAGCAGCAGCAGCAACAACAGAAACAGCAACAAGGGUGUUUUCUUUACUGUUGAAGAAUUGGUUUAUUUUAUGCAAAAAUUGUUCACUGUUGAAGAAUUGGCUCUAUAUAAUGGAACUGAUGAUUCAUUACCCAUACUCUUAGGAAUUUUGGGAUCUGUAUUUGAAGUUAAGAAGGAAAAAUCUCACUAUGGUGCUGGAGGAGGUUACAAUCAUUUCGCUGGAAGAGAUGCCUCCCGUGCAUUUGUUUCUGGAAAUUUUACAGGAGCUGGACUUACAGAUUCAUUGCGAGGUUUAUCCAGCACCGAGGUAAUGAUGUAUUUCCUCUUCCCUUUCAGGGGUAUGACUCCUAUCCUAGUUCCUUUGAGCUACACCCAAUUGAUGCUUUUAUCACCAUCGACUUAA